CUGAGGAAGGUUAUUUGGCGGCUUUUACUGCAUCUGCGGGACCCAAGAUUCUGGGUCACUGGGUGGAGUCGAGCUUAGAGAAACUGAAAAGAGCCCGAGGGGGCGCCGUCCACACGGCCCUGGAGGGAGCGGGUUGCGGAACCCGCUUCCGGGAUUCUCGGCCGAGGUCUCCGCCGUUAUCCCACGCGUCUCCUGACACCGCUGCGCCCGCAGGGUCCUAUUGCAACCGACGCGCUACAGGACCCGGCCCAGGGAUCAUAAGGGAAUUCCAAAUGAGGUGUGCAGCCAUGGCGAGCUAUCACUUUUAUAGAGAUUAAAGAAGGAAGUUAGAAGGCCUGUAGCCACCAAAAAGUCCAUGGCUUUUUUUUUUUUCCUGAAGAGUUGAUGGGUUUUCAUUGGCUGAGUCAUUUCCAGGAAAGAAGAGUCUUCACCCUUUUGGAUUCCAUUAUUGUCUCAGGUUCCCAUGGUAGCAGCAAUGUCAGUGGUCCCUGGACAGGGCCAUGUGAUCUUUGAGGAUGUGGCUGUGUCCUUCUCCCAGGAGGAGUGGGGGCUCCUUAACGAUGCUCAGAGACUCCUGUACUGUGACGUGAUGCUGGAGAACCUGUCACUCGUAGCCUCCCUGGGUUGUUGGCACGGAGUAGAAGCUGGGGAAGCCAUUUCUGAACAAUGUGUUUCCGUAGAACAAGUAACAGAAGACAGGAGUCCAAAGCCAGAGCCAUGUAUCCUGAAGACUCUGACUUCCAGUACAAGUACCCUGGUAGAGAAAGAUGUUUCGUACCUGGCUGAGAUUAUGUUCACAUGCAGAGAGGUUGAGAAGGAUUUCCUAGGCAGCCUGGGCUUUCCCCAGCACCAGCCCUCCCACAAUAGAGAGCAUACACGUAGAAGCAGACAGAGCAGGGAGUUCUCUCACCCUGGGCAAGGGCAUUACGAGUGCAGCGAAUGUGGCAAAGCCUUCAGUAAGAAGUAUAAAUUCACGGAGCACCUGAGAGUUCACACUGGAGAAAAACCUUAUGAGUGUAGUGACUGCAGGAAGUUCUUUAGACACAGCUCCAGUCUUAUUCACCAUAGGAAGGUUCACACAGGAGAAAGGCCUCAUGAGUGCUCUAAUUGUGGGAAAGUCUUUGCCCACAAAUAUAAACUUGUUGAGCACCAGAGAAUCCACACUGGAAAAAGACCCUAUGAGUGUAAUGAAUGUGGGAAAACCUUCCUUCGCAAGGAUUCACUUGUUCAGCAUCAAAAAAUCCACACUGGAGAAUAUCCUCAUAAGUGCGGUGAAUGUGGGAAGCGCUUCCUUUACAAAAAUAACCUUCUUGUACACCAGAGGAUCCACACUGGAGAAAGGCCUUAUGGGUGUAGCAAAUGUGGAAAGUCCUUCGUCUUCAAGAAAAGGCUUCUUUAUCACCAGCGAAUCCACACUGGAGAAAAGCCUUAUAUGUGCAGUGAAUGUGGGAAAGCCUAUAUCUACAAAGGAAGUCUUAUUGUCCAUAAGAGAAUUCAUACUUUAGAAAAGGCUUAUGGGUGUAACAAAUGUGGGAAAAUCUUUACAAGCAGCUUUGCCCUGAAUAGACAUGAGAAUGUUCACAUUGCACGAAGGCGUUAUGAGUGCAGCGUAUGUGGGAAAACUCUCAAAGGCAAAGUUAAAUUUGAUGAGCACCAGAGAAUCCACACUGGAGAAAGACCCUAUAAGUGUAAUGAAUGUGAGAAAGCCUUCAUGCGCAAGUAUACACUUGUUCAGCACCAAAAAGUCCACACUGGAAUAAAGCCUUUUAAAUGCAGUGAAUGUGGGAAGCCCUUCACUUACAAAACAAGUCUUGUUGUCCACCAGAGAAUCCACACUGGAGAAAGGCCUUAUAUGUGCAAUGAAUGUGGAGAAGUCUUUGUCUACAGAAGAAGUCUUGUUGUCCAUCAGAGAAUCCACACUAGAGAAAAGCCUUAUGAGUGUAGUUCUUUGUAGGCAGCUCCAAGCACAUAAAAAACAAAGUUCACACUGGGGAAAUGCCUUUUGGACUUACGCUUUCCUUCACUUGAGUUAAUAUCUAGCAGCACAAUUCCUGUGUCAUAGAGUAGGUAGAUGUAUACCCUAUAAUGGGGCCAGUCAGUGUUUUCUAUAAUGGUAGUAUCUUAUCUUUUUAUAGUCUCAUGAGAAGCACCAGAACCUGAGUUCCUGUUCUUUACAUUCUUAUCAUCACUUGGUAUGUUCAGGGUUUCUAAUUUCAGUGAUGUCAUAGGUGUAUCUAGUGAUCUUAAUUAGCAUUUCCCUAUUGACACAAUGUGAGUGGUUUUCCAUGUGUUAAUUUCCAACUCUUUCUUUUUUUAUAAUUUUUAUUGGAGUAUAGUUAAUUUACAAUAUUGUGUUGCAGGUGUACAGCAAAGUGAAUCAGACAACCGUAUUUCUUUUCUGAAAUUUUUGUUCAUAUAAUUUGUUAUCUUAAUUAUUGAGUUUUGAUGUUUCUUCAUGGAUUAAGGUCCUCUAAUGGAAAUAUUUACGAAUAUUCUCCCAGACCUGGUCUGCUCAUUUUAGUUGCUUUUCCAGAGAAAGACUGUUUUUUUGUGGGUUUUUCUGUUGUUGUUUUGGCCGUACUGUGUCAUACAGGAUCUUAAUUUCCCUACCAGGGAUGGAAUUCAUGCCUCCUGCAGUGGAAGCUCAGAGUCCUAACCACUGGAUCACCAGGGAAUUCCUCAGUAUGAAGCUUUGAAUCCACUUUUCAAUUUGUACAUCACAAAAAAUCCUACUAGAAUUUUGUUUAGGAUUGCAUUUAAUCUUCAAUUUAGAGAGAAAUACUGUGCCCCAAUGUAUAAACUUGAUAGAUCUUUUAUUUAGAUCUUAACUUUUCUUAGCAGUGUUUUUUAGUUUUCUGCUUGUAGGUCUUAAACAUCUCCAGGUAGUUUCUACAUCUGAUGAUAUUGUGAAAGGGAGUUUUUAAAAAAAAACUUCAAUUUGUGAAUUGUUCAUACCUAUUUCACUUAGAGAUAAAAAACUAAGGAUAGAAGUGAUCUUUCUUUCUUUUUUUCUUUUUUUUUUCUUUUUUUUUUUUUUUGAGUGGCUUAUGGGAUCUUAGUUCCCCAACCAGGCAUUGAACCCAGGCCAUGGCAGCAAAAGCUCAGAAUCCUAACUGCUAGGCCAUCAUGGAACUCCCUAGUAGUGAUCCUUCUUAACUUUAUAAAUAAUAUUUACAAAGGGCAAUUAGAAAUACUGUACGUUUGAACCAUUAUUAAAAUAGUCCCAUUAGAAUAAAAGGAGGACAGCGGCUCAUUGUCCUCUUAUUCAGUAUCAUCCUGGAGUUCCAAUUUCAUUCAAUAAGGGGGGAAAAAGGCAAAAUAAUAUGUAGCAAUUGGAAAGGAAGAAAUUAACCACCUAAAAUAUGUCCUCAGUUUUUAUCUUCACUAUAUGUCCAAAUACAGACACUCAGUUUAGUGUCUGGAUUCAUCGUAAACUAUUUUUUCAUCACACAUUUUCUGCCCUUCUUACUUCCUUAAGGAUCCAUCGCCUUCUUUUAUCCUAAAGCAACUUAAUAUUUGAACUGCUUAUUGUAUGUUUCUAUCAAAUACAGAGUAAGUUCCAGUAAGGAAAUACGUAUUUACAUGUUGUGUGCUGAUAUAUUCCAUAUUCCUAGAAACAUGUCUGAAACACCUAUGGUACAUAGCUAUGUCUUGAAAUACAUAACAAAAUGACAAUGCACAUUUAACAUUCAUUUGCACAGCUGUGGGUAUACUUUCUAACCUUACACUGCCUUUUCCUUCAAUUUCACUACACUUAAUGCUCUGAGUUAUGGGAAGAAAUACUUUGCAGAAAGCCUUUUCAUCAACUAAAAAGUCCCAAUAGUUGUUUUAUUGGCUUCCUUCUCUUAUUAGAUCUCAAGGUUUGUGUUUUGUUUUUUGUUUUUUUAUUUUUUUGGCUGCGUAGCAUGUGGGAUUCCCUGACCAUGGAUUGAACUUGCUCUCCUUGCAGUGCAAGUGUGGAAUGUUAACCCCUGGACCACCAGGGAAGCCCUGAUAUCUGUUUCAUUAAGCACUUUUAAUAGCUCUUGAUAGUUACACAGUCCCAAAUGUUUUUCAGAGUUUCUCUCCUUUCCCUAUACAGACAUUGUCAGUAUACUUACAGUUGAUGUGGCAAUCACUUCCAAGGAGCAGGUGACAUCAUGGGGUUCUAAACAUUUAUCUCAGGCUUAUAUGUCCCCAUUGCAGACUCACAGAUGCUGCCAUGGCAGUCCUUGUUCUGGGAACAAGUGCACAUUUGGUAAGCAUCUCUUCUUUUCAGGUAUCUGAUUCUUAGAAAACAUUUACCUCAGGAAACCUAAGAUUAACUGCUCUUAAAUUUCACUUCCUAAGUUUAGGACAAUAAAAGAGGAAAAACCUUAGAUAGGUUAUAUCUAUAGAUACACAGAUAUAGACAGAUAAGAACAAAGCCAUGAAAACAGGAAAAGCAUUUGCUGAGGAAACCAGAGGCCUGUUGACCCUCAUCAAUGUGCAUCAGGAGUGCCUGACACCUCCCCUCACCCCUCAGUUGUAUUGUUUUGAAACUUGUCUCACUGGCUUCUCAGUAAAUACACUGACCAUAAACAGGGUUCACUGUAGAGGCUUCAGGAUUAGGUAGGUUGUGAGUAAUAAGAUGAAGAAGAUGAGCUCCUGCUCUGAGUAGACGCUUAGUGUCUGUGGUACCUGUUGAUCAGGGGCAUGUUGUGUCAUGGAGACUUUAAUGAUGUGUCUCUAAAUUUUUAUCCUUGGUGGAAGGCUGUUCAUUGCCUCUCAAGUACCUGGAUGUUCUCUUUAUCAUAGUAAUCAACACUCUCUACCCUCCUAGGGCCUCAGCUUCCGUUCCUCACCUGUUAAAAUAAAUGCAUUCUUCUAUCAUCUAUCUGUAUCAUCUUCCUAUAUAUCUAUCAUCUAUCUAUCUCUAUCAUCUUUGCCUUACUGUGAUUUCACAUCAAUGACAUGUCCCAUUUAUAAUUUUUUUAAAAAGAUUUCUUUUGAUGUGGAACAUAUUUGAAGUCUUUAUUGAAUUUGUUACAAUAUUUCUUCUGUUUUUAUGUUUUGUUUUAGCCACAAGGCAUGUGGGAUCUUAGCUCCCUGACCAGGGAUCAAACCCGUACCCCCUGCACUGGAAGGCAAAGUCUUAACCACUGGACCACCAGGGAAGUCCCCUAUUUAUAAUUUUUUUAAAGAGAAAAAGUUUGGACCAGACACCGUCUUAGAAGAACUGCAUCACUCUACACUAAGUGAGAACGUGGUAUUUAAAUUAGACCCUUCCUGUGUCUCCACAAAACCUCUAUCAUCAGGGGAAGUUAUCAGUCAUUGUCUGUGACUCACUGGAAGUCAUUAAGAGUCAGUUGAUUCCUAACCUCAGCAAUGUCAUGGUUCUCAGACUCUCAGGUUUAUGCAAACUUCCAAAUUCCCACAGUAAAUUCUGUUGACACACGUUUUUGUUAUUUAACAUCACCUUGUGAUUCCUCUCAAUAUUGCUGCCUAUUUCCUGUGUCCCUUAGUUUGCUUCAUUUUCUGGUUCUGUAAUCUAGUUCUGUUAUACUUGUGGAAUUUUUUACUUCAAGAUUUACGACUAACGUACCAGGACAUAGUCAAAUUUUAGAAAUUUUAUAUAAUAUCUAGAAUAUUUAUAUCAAAGACAUUUACCUAUAUAUUAUAACCUGGUAGGGUUUAUCACUACUCAUUUGGCAAUGCUUCCCAUGUAAUUUAACAUACCAAAUAAUCUUAAUUAGCUCUGAGAUUCUUCAGGGGCCCUCUAGAAGUCAAAAGAACUUGAAUUAGAAUUUUUUUUUUGGCACACGGGCUUAGUUGCUCCGCGGCAUGUGGGAUCUUCCUGGAGCUGGGAUUGAACCCGUGACCUCUGCAUUGGCAGGCGGAUUCUUAACCACUGCGCCACCUAGGAAGCCCUUGAAUUAGAAAUCGAUCCUUGGGAAUUUUGUCAAAAACAUCAAAAAGGUUUUAAAACACUUGACUAAGUAGUAUAAGUCACUGUGAAACGUUUAAUUAUUCACUUUUCCAAAGUGACAAUAAAAUAUUUCAAAGGCAAAUACAGGAAGUUAUAAUGGAUUACUUAUAAGAUAAAGAAGCUUUAUAAUCUGCUAUCAAUAGCUGAUCUAGAUAUCUGAUAUCUAGAUAUAUGUAUUUUUUAAGUCUUUAUUGAAUUUGUUAGAAUAUUGCUUCUGCUUUUUUUGUUUUGGUUGUUUGGCCAUGAGGCAUAUGGGAUCUUAGCUCCCCAACCAGGGAUCAAACCCACACCCACUGCUUUGGAAGGCAAAGUCUUAACCACUGGACUGCCAGGGAAGUCCCAAUAGCUGAGCAGUAUUCUAAGAAACGUUUGUCCUCAACAGAGAGAAAACCAAAUUCAGGUCUUUGCACCAUCUUAAUAUUAAAAUUCACUUACUUGGUUAAAUUUAUUCUAUUCUUAGUCCUGACCACACACAAGUCCCCUCUCCCUUCAGGUUUUCUUUUCCACAAACAUUCUAUAACUUCCUCUUUUACCUUCAGAGUUUCUUAACUAAGUGCAUUUGCAUUCCUUUUACCUUCAUUUUUCUUGCAUACAAAGAUGUAUUAUGGAUUUUUUCCUGGGGGAUUUUCUUUUUUGGUAUUGUCUUUGUCUGGUUUUGAUAUCAAGGUGACGGUGACUUUGGGAGGGUUCCCUCCUCUUCACUCUUUUGGAAGAGUUUGAGAAGUAUCAAUAUAAGUUCUUUGUGUGUUUGGUAGAAUUCUCCCAUGAAACCAUCUGGUCCUGUACUUCUGUUUGCAGGGAAUUUUUUUUUUUCCCUACAGAUUCUACUUCACUUCUAGUGAUUGAUCUGUUCAAAUUAUCUUUCUUCUUGUCAUUUUUGGCAGGCUGCAUGUUUCUAGAAACUUGUCCAUUUCUUCUAGGUUGUCCAGUUUGUUGGUAUGUGAAUGUUUGUAAUAUUUUCUUUCCCCCCCACUGUGGUAUCAGUUGUUAUUUGUCCUCUGAUUUCUUUUUUUUUUUUAAGAUUUAUUUUAUUUAUUUUAUUUUUGGCUGUGUUGGGUCUUCAUUGCUGCACUAGGGCUUUCUCUAGUUGUGGUGAGCAGGGGCUACUCUUUGCUUUGGUGUGCCGAUUUCUUAUUGGGGCAGCUUCUCUUGUUGCAGAGCACAGGCUCUAGGCUUGGGGGCUUCAGUAGUUGUGGCUCAUAGGCUCAGUAGUUGUGGCUCAUGGGCUCUAGAGUGCAGGUUCAGUAGUUGAGGUGCACGAGCUUAGUUGCUCCAUGGCACGUGGGAUUUUCCCAGCCCAGGAAUUGAACCUGUGUCCCCUGCAUUGGCAGGCAGAUUCUUAACCACUGCACCACCAGGGAAGCCCUGAUAUCUUCUUUUGUUUAUUUGGGUCAUCUCUCUUUUCUUCUUGGUGAGUCUGACUAGACAUUUUCAAUUUUGUUUAUCCUUUCAAAAAGCCAUCUCAUGGUCUUAUGGAUCUUUUCUCUUUUUUUCUUUAUUUCUUUAUUUCUUUUCCUUUUCUUUCUUUCUUUCUUUCUUUCUUUUUUUUUUUUUUUUUUGUUGCUAGUUUGUUUUCUCUGUUUUAUUUAUUUUCUCUCAUAUUUAUAAUUUCAUUCCUUCUGCUGAAUUUGGAUUUUUCUUGUUCUACUUUUUCUAAUUCUUUUAGGUGUUAGGUUGUUUUAUUGUUUGUUUGGUUUUUUUGAGAUUCUGUUUGUUUGUUGAGGUAGGCCUGUAUCUCUAUGAACUUCCCUCUUAGGACUGCUUUUGCUGCAUCUCAUAGAUUUUGUAAGGCUGUGUUUUCAUUGUCACUUGUCUCAAGGAUUUUCUGAUUUCCCUUUUUAUUUCAUCAUUGACCCAUUGUUUUUUUAGUAGCAUGUUGUUUAGUCUCCACGUAGUCACUUUUUUUUUCCUCUUUUUUCUUUCUGUGAUUGAUUUCUAAUUCUAUAACAUUGUGGUCAAAAAAGAUGCUUUAAAUACUUUCUUAAAUUUGUUAAGGCUUGUUUUGUGUCCUAGUAUGUGGUGUAUCCUAGAGAGUGUUCCAUGUGCACUUGAAAAAUAUGUAUAUUCUCAUUCUUUGGAAUUAAAAAAAAAAAAAUCCCAGGAAAUAAAAGUCCAGGACUGAAUGGCUUCACAAGGGAAUUCUACCAAACAUAGAAGAGCUAAUAUAAGUCCUUUUCAAACUAUUCUAAGAAAUUGAAGAGAAUGGAAUACUCCCAAAUUUAUUCUACAUUGCCAUCAUUGCCCUGAUACCAAAACCAGAAAAAGACAGUAUAUAAGAAGAAAAUUACAGGCAGGGACCAGAAAAAAACUGGUUCUGGGUGUUGUUUGAGGCUGAAAUCUUUUUAGUACGUGGUUUGGCUGCAUGACCUGUGGUUUUAUUCUUUUGUCUGAAAAAUUACUCAGUAUCUUGUUAGAAACAGGAUAGGGCCAGUUUUAGUCUGAUUCUGCAGUUACACAUUUAAGGCAGGUUUCCUGGCCUUCACUCAUAUUCUUAUGGAAAAGAAACUUGAUAUGACUGACAUACUUCACAUGAUUAAUAUUUUAGGUUUUGACCAAAUGUGUUCUGCCUAAGCUUGGGUUUUGCAGAAGCAGAACCUGACAUAGGGUUCGCCAACAUAUGGUUUAUUUAGGGAAAAUUAUCAGGAGAAGUUUAAUAACAGAGUACAAGGCAAGGAAAAGAACCUAAGGAAGGGUGUGGGCUCAACUGGAAUUUGCCUCAGCCUGAUCCUUUUGAGAGAUCUGGAAUGUAAAUGGUACCGCACAUUUGUCCCACCUUGAGACAAAGGAGCAUCCUUUUGUAUCUCCAGGUCAGAGAGUCCUUAAAUAUUUCCCAGAUACACUGCUUUCUGUGUUUACUUUUUCUAAAACAUUGGACUUACCUGUAACUGCAGGAAUCCAUAUAUGAGACAUUUUACUUUGUUAUUUCUGAACAUUUUCUUCUGUUGGGGAGUCUGGAUUGCAUAGUUAUGAUCAUUCUAAAAAAGUCCAUUGAAGAAUAAAACUUCUCACUUUUUUUACAAUAAACAAAUAAACAAACCAACAAACAGAGCCCUACAUUGAAAUGCCUACAGUCUGCUUCACUUCGAUGUUUGAUUGAUUCUAAAACAAGAGAGGGACUUUCCUGAUGUCACAGUGGUUAAGAAUCUGCCUGCCAAUGAAAGGGACAUGGGUUCGAUUCCUGGGCUAGCAAGAUCCCACAUGCCAUGGAGCAACUAAGCCCAUGCGCCACAACUACUGAGCCUGUGCUCUAGAGUCCUCGAGCUGCAAGUGAGCCCUCGAGCCACAACUACUGAAGCCUGCAUGCCUAGAGCCCGUGCUCCACAAGAGAAGCCACCGCAAUGAGAAGCCCAUGCACCAAAACAAAGAGUAACCCCUGCUUGCCACAACUAGAGACAGCCCUCCCACAGCAGUGAAGACCCAACACAGCCAAUAAAUAAAUUUAUUUUAAAAAGUAAAAAAAUUAAAAGACUACUAUUUCCUCAUAACCUCUUCCAUCUACCCCACCUCCACCACUCUUCUCAUCUCAGUUAAUGACAAAUCCAUCUUCCAGCUUGGACAAAAACCUUGAAUCAUCUUGAUUAUUGUAGUGUGAGGCUGAUUAGGAGUUGAAGCCACAUUAUGAUCUGAGGACAUGGAGCUAUGUAACCACAGUCAUAUGCAGAUCCCCAGUAAUAAAGAUAUUAUGUAAUGAAAACGUGGCAUCUUCUAAGUGAACUUUUAUUGAAUAAAGGUUAAU